CUAUCAUAUACGAGUAUGUUGUGCUCCGAAUUUCUUCAACCACGCGAUCCUGAAAAUCGAAAAUCGAAAUCUAGAACCCUAGUUACCAGCAUUGUAGGGAGAAGAAGAAGAAGAAUCGGUCGAUCGGCGUCCGGCGUCGGUGAUUAGAUGGAGGCUCAGGCGUUCCACAACUUCCUCGACCGACGCUCCAUCACCAGGUCCAGAGCUCCAGCAACGAAAUGGGUCAAGGAAUGGGUGCCACAAGAUGUUGUAGCAACAGGUGGGAAGUGCUUGAUUUUAAAAUGGGUUAAUGAAGCCACACUGAAAGCUUUAAAGGAGAACUCGAAUGAGACAGAAGUUCCAGACGCAGAGCCAGAGCCAGCUACAGAAGUUCUCUUCCUCUGCAGUUAUGAAGGCUGUGGAAAGACAUUUAUUGAUGCUGGUGCUUUGAGGAAACAUUCUCACAUCCAUGGAGAUAGACAAUAUAUCUGUCACUAUGAAAAUUGCGGAAAGAAAUUUUUAGAUAGUUCAAAGCUUAAGCGACACUUCCUUACUCAUACUGGGGAGAGAGCUUUCGUGUGUCCAGUGGAAGGAUGUGGCAAGGCUUUCUCUUUGGAUUUCAACCUGAAGUCUCAUAUGAGGACACAUUCACAAGAAAAUUACCAUAUUUGUCCUUUUCCAGAAUGUGGAAAGAGAUAUGCCCACGAGUACAAACUUAAAAAUCACAUUGCAACUUCUCAUCAAAAGAAUGCCACAGCAGAAGUGACGAAGUAUACUCCUCCCCCGCCUACUAUAGAGAGGCCAACCAAAACACCAAAAUCUACUGGAGGAGCACACGCCUCGUCAUCUGACCGUCCUCACGUAUGCCCAUACGAAGGAUGCGAUAAAGCUUACAUCCAUGAAUACAAGCUCAAUCUCCAUUUAAGGAAAGAACACCCAGGCCAUUUCCCAGAUGACAAUGCCAACAAGAACGCUCAACCUCUGGCCCCUUCAGCUGCUGUUGAAAACGAGAUGAUGGAUGAAGAGAGUGACAAGGAAGCAUAUGGUGGGAAACACCAUGGGAAUGGAAAGACUCAGAAACAGAGCAGGCCAAAGCCGAACUUGAAAAUGCCUCCAGCAAAAGUCGCAAACCGUAAAAAUUCUGGCACCUCCCAGACCAAUUUGAGUGUAGUGAAGAAACAGUGGCCUGUCAAUGAAGUUAGAUACGAAGAAGAUAGCGAAGAGACAGAGGAGGAGAGGGAUGGCGUUGGAGAUGGAUAUAGGUAUUGGGGUCCCAAUAAUGAUGACGACGAGGAUGACGAAGAGACAGAAUAUGAAGAUUAGGCUUGUGGUGACCCCUAAGAUGACACAAAAUUUGAAGAGUAUGCUUUGUUUUGAAACUCAAUGAAGAUACAUUUGAAGAAGAAGAAGAAGAAGACAUUGGAGAAACAGAGGAAAAGGAUGAUGUUUGGAAAUGGAUUGAGCUCUUGGGACUUGGUAACAUGAUUAGUGUCACGAGACAGAAUUUGAUGAUAUGUCUUGUUUUGAAUUUUUCCAUGGAGAUUGGUAGCUUAACCUUUGGAGGAUUUGGAAAUUGCAUUUGGGAUUCCACAUCCUCAAAAAAAAAGUAAAAAAGUCACCGGAACAUCUAUUGGUUAGGUAUGUACACUUGUUAUGAUGAAUCAUACUUAAUUUUUGUAAUUUAUUUGAUUACUUAACUAAACGUAAUGCUUAUUA